ACGGAAAAGAAAAAAAAAAAAAAAAGAAAGAAAAAGAAGGGGAGAGGAAAAAAAAAAAAAAAAAAAAAACACGCCAGAAAGUCCUCUCCAAUGAAUGGAGGGUGAGAGGGCCGAUUCACCGGUGGGGCCCCGCCGGGGAGGUAUUUCUAGCGCGGCACGCCGGGGGCUCCGCCGCACCCAUGACCCCCCGGAUAAGGUGCACCGUCCGCUUUCGGCGCGCCCGCAGCCUGCGCCGGGCCCGGGCGCUGGCCUGGCGCAUCCUCCGCGGUGUCGUCUGGGCGCUGGGGCGGUGCCGGCCGCCGCGGCUCGCCCUGCUGCUGGUCCUGCGGAGGCGGCGCCGCGGGAGCCCCCGGCCCAGGUGAUGAUGCUGGGCAGCCCGCGGGUGGCCGAGCUGCUGCUGCAGCGCGGAGCCGACCCCAACCGCCCCGACCCGCGCACCGGAUCCCUCCCGGCCCACGACGCGGCCCGCGCUGGCUUCCUGGAGACGCUGGCGGCGCUGCACCGCGCCGGGGCGCGCCUCGACCUGCCCGACGGCCGCGGCCGCCUCCCCCUCGACGUGGCGGCGGGGGGGCCGCACGGACCGGUGGGCCGCUACCUGCGCCACCCGCCGCCCGUCCCCGCCGCCGCACCGGGAGCCGGGACGGCCGCGGAGGCGGCUGCGCCCUGACCCACCCCCCGCCCCGCCCGCUGCCCGGCGCUCGUCCCGCCCCCCUCCCCGGGGCAGCGCCCGAAGCCCCGGCGGCAGCCCUCCCCCGCCUCCCCCCGCCGAGACCCUCUCUCUCCCGUUGCCCCCUGCGCGCAUCUCCGCCGCAGGUUGCCGGGGAGGUCCCCCCUGCCGUCGAGGCACCCGGCGAGCGCUCACGGCUGGCGGUGCUCCCGGGACCCCCGGCUGCUGGGGAGGGCGAUCCUCUGUCCCUCUGCCCCAGAGCUCCUCCCGCACACCCCGGGCGCUCCGUGUCCCGCUUCUGAGAGGCCAUGCGUGCUGCUGAAUUUUCCCAGAAAAAUCGGAAAGAACCAAACCGCGGCCGCGGGGAGCGCUCCUGCUCCUCCCCCCUCCGCAGGCUCCCCGGCAAACCGUUCUCCGGCAUUCCAGGCAGAAAAAAACCCGCAACAAUUUCGUCGUUUACCCCCCUCCAUUUAUUGUUAAAUUGAUGCGGUUUGGAGAGGUGAGAACGCUCCGUUUCCCUUAGCAGCUUGCUCACUGACCUGCGAGCCGCUGCCUCGAUCUCCAUCGGAUACCUGUCUCAUUCACGACGGUACUGAUUUUAUUCAUUAUCGCACAAUUCCAGAGGGCUUUGCAUUUUGGCGAUACCUUGAGAUUCUUUUAUAUAGCUCUCAGAAAUAGUGAACGCAGUCACCAUCCCGUUUACAAAUGUAAGUCAUCUUCAAAUCUUCUCCCCUCACCGCCCCGCUCAAUUUAGAAAAGUCUUAAAAUAUUUAACAUUGGUCGAGAUUACAAUUUGGGAACUACUACAAAUAUUUUGUAGAGAUGUAUUGAGGGACGGCUAGCCAUGCCAGAAACCAAUUGGUAAUCGUUUAAUUACUACGUAGUGUUAACAUUUGGAGAUACCCCGCUGAUAAAGAAGAUGUGGGCAACGAGCUCGGUAUUUUUAAGAUAGCUUUCCGGGUCUCUAAACCAGAUAUUUGGAAAUAAAAACAAAUGACCGAGAUAAA